GGGCAUACAAUAAUAAAUUCCCGCCAUCCACCGUUUAGUGACCCCGUAAAAGCGGCGGCACCCUCCAUCUGUCACGAUCAGCUGGACCCGGGGCGAGGCGUUGCGAGGGUGUACUAUUGGUGGUAUUAUGCCCCACAGCUCCCCGCAAAGGACCAGUACAUGCGCGUUCCUGAGUCUGUGGGCCGCGGCGGGGCUGGCGGCGGCGAUGGUGGUGCUACUGGGCGGGGAGAUAGCCCCCACCCCCUGGACCCACAUCACAGUGCAGGGGACCAAGUGUGUGGGCUCAGCGGUGCAAGGCUGGUACUUCCCCCAUGGCAAGCAAGGCUGCCUCACUGCCGUCGACUCCACGAACCACCGCCAGCUGAAGGAGAUGGGCAGCCACCCCGACAACAUCCACUACUCCUUCCAGGUACCGCCAGUGGAGGGAGGGGGCGGGGGGUACUCACGCUGGCAGAGGCGGCUGUAUGCUGUCCUGCGCCUUCGUCUUCUACACAGAGAUGGCUACUUCUCAGGACACAGCAGCAAGGUGACACUGAGAACCCGCCUCGGUUACACCCAGGCGGGGCAGCCCUACACCCCCGCCGUCAUCGCCAGCAGCUACCAGGAACGCAAACUCUACUGCAACUCCGUCAAGCGUCACACAUUCCGCGGCCAAACCUUUGACUGCUCCCCACAAGUGCUGGCGGUGUUGUUCUCCCUCCAGCAUGAACGCUACCUCCUCAACCUCCUCAUCCCCACCAGGAGGGACGACACGAACGAGUGGACCAACCGUAACCUGGGCCUGGUGACGGACGUGUAUGUGACGUUCUUCAGUCAGGCCGCGUGGUAUGUCCGGGUUCUGCUGGGGCUUCAAGUGCUGUUCUUCCCUGCCGUGGUCGUGCUUCUGUGGCGGUUCAGGCGGAGUGUGGCAGCGCUGGAGAGGCCGCCCAACCACCUCGAGUGUGUCCUGGCGCUCCUGGCGAUGGCGCUGCUGAUUGUUAACUGUCCGCUGGAGGUUGUGGCCCUGCUGGUGGAGUGUCCCUGGCUGGUGGUGGUCAAUGAUGUCAGGAAGAACUUUUUCUAUGCCUCCUUCAUGACAUUUUUCCUCUAUCUCACUGACAAGCACUUGGAGCCCGGCCGAGUCUGCCCCCACGCCAAGAAGGCCAUGAACCUGAGCAUCCGUUCGGGCACACUGGCCAUCGUGAUCGUGGACAUGACGGAGCAUAUCGUGAGCAUUCAGAACCCCCUGGCCGCCACCUAUGAGCCCAUGCACCUCAGUAUGUCCAUGCUCAUGUACGCUAUGCUCGCCUGCUACCUCUGCUGCAUCAGUGUGCGGACCUGUGCGGCCCUGGACGCCAUCAGGAGGAAGGGCGUGGCGCAGGAGGAGGAGACGCGGUGCCAGGAGGCGAUGGUGCUGGUCUUCACUUGGCUUGUGUUCUGUCUGAGUGCGGCCGACUUUGUGCUCAAGAGGCUGCAUGACGGGAUGUGGAUGUGGGAGUACAGUUUUGGGCAGCUGGAGAUCGAGAACACGGGGGGCUUCCUGCUGGGCGUGUUCUGCCUCUGGAACACCUACACCUGUGUCCUGCUGGUGGUGUACAGCCCCCUCAAGAAAGCCCCACAGCCCCGAGUGAGGAUAGACAUGUCGCGGGUGGUGGGCGUGCCGCUGCGGGCCAGGCAGUCGCCCUCCUUCGUCGACCUCAGGGUCACCACCUUAUGAAGACUCGGGAAUAUAGAGUCCUCGGGCGGCCGGCACAGCUGUGAUCCGGUGCCAAACAUCCCUCCACACCACUGCCACCAAGGACGACUCAGGCCGGCUCUCUCUCCACCCCUCCAUCCCUCCCCCUGGUCCUGCCCGCCGCCCCUCCGCCCACCGCCCCUUGGCUGAGGUAAGGCUGAGUGGUCUCGCCGUCACCUCACCUCUUCACCUGUUUCUCCUCACUGUUUGUACCUGUGGGAAGACCUUACGUGAGGGGCCGCGUGGAAGGUGUGAGGGCGUCUGUAUGGGGGCGAUCCAGGGGUCAGGUGUCAAGUUUGUGUUUGUCUGUCUCUCGGUAAAGUUGCGCUAUGUUGGACGAUGAGGAGCCAAUGUCUUAUACAGGCACAUGCAUUUGAACACUUUGCCAACCAGUCAGGGGAGGAUAGGGUUGAAAAAUGCUUUGUUUCAUCUUAAAGAAAAGGUUGGAAUAGGUUUUACAGUGUGUUUGUGUUAGUUAAGGAAAAGUAUAUGAUGUUAGAUACUGGCACCCCUCAGUGUGUUAACAGCUCAGGAUGGAGUCAACACUUGGUUUGGUUACGUACUUUCAUAAAACCUAAAACAAAUCAUAUUAGGUAAUUAUCACAAAUCCUAAAGAGGGAAUCUCCUGCCACGUUUGUAGGUAGAAGCACCAGAAGGAGCUGUUGGAUACUGUAAGAGUUGAAUACAAAUUACACAUAUAAAAGGUUUAAUUAGGUAUAUCUAUAAGGAAGCAUUCGGGUGGUGGGCAGAGAGUCUUUUUGUCAGUGUUAAGGGUAGGCCGAGUGC